GCCGCGCGGCGGGCGGCGCUAGCGGGGGCGGGGGCAGCUGCUGGCUCGGAGUCAGGCUCAGGCCGAGGCGGCGGCGCGGAGCGAGCGGGCGGCCUGGCUCCGUCUUGCAGGCCCGGGCGGUGCUAGCCUGGCGGCGCCAUGUACAAUGGGAUAGGGCUCCCCACUCCCCGGGGCAGCGGCACCAACGGCUACGUCCAGCGCAACCUCUCGGCCGUGCGGCACAAGAAGGAGCGAACCGACUACAAGUCGGAGGAGGAGCUCAGGAAGCUGGAGUCGUCUCUGGUUAAGAAGCCCAACCAGGAGAUCCUGGACCAUGAGCGCAAGCGGAAGGUGGAGCUGAAAUGCCUGGAGCUGGCCGAGCUCAUGGAGGAACAGGGUUAUGCUGAGGGCGAGAUCCAGGAGAAGGUGGCGACCUUCCGGCUCAUGCUCGUGGAGAAGGACGUGGCUUUGGGCAAGGAGGGGGAGCAGCAGCCUGAGCAGAAACCAGCGGUCACAGAGACCCACCAGCUGGCCGAGGCCAAUGAGAAGAAGAACGAGCGGCUGAGGGCGGCUUUUGGCAUCAGCGAGAAUUACGUCGACGGGAGCUCGUUCGACCCCAGCCGCAGGGCGAAGGAGGCGGCGGCUGCCAAGCAGCAGCAGGAGCAGCAGAAGCAGUACGGCCUGGUCCGUGAGUCCAGCAGCUCCCGCUCUCCAUCCCCCAAGCAGAAAAAAAAGAAAAAGAAGAAAGACAGAGGCAGGUCAGAGAGCAGAUCCCCUUCUCGAAGGGAGAGGAAAAAGAGUUCUAAGAAAAAGAAACACAGGUCUGAGUCAGACUCGAAGAAGAGGAAACACAGGUCUCCCAGUCCCAAGAGCAAACACAAAGCCAAGGAGAAGAAGAGGAAGAGAUCCACCAGCGAGUCGGCAUCCCAGAAGGGCCGAAGAGGUCGCUCGUCCUCUCCAGACUCUUCCUCCUCCUCGGAGAGCUCGCGGAGCAGGUCCCGGAGUGUCACCACUCAGAAACGGGCUUCCCGGCCCAGCGUGAGCCCCGCCGCGCCGCCGCGGAGGAGAGCUGACCCCGAGGGUGCCCCAAAGGAUGCCCCCAAGAGAGAUCACUCAGCAUCCCCCGAGGUCAGCCGGCGUGCACAGAGUGGCAGCCCCCGGGAGGGUCGAGAUAAGCGAGAGAAGCAGUCUUCUCGGCGCUCCCCCCGCCAGCGUUCCUCCUCCCUGUCGCCCGUCUCCGAGGGGAAGCAGAAGGACAAGGAUCACCCCCGGCAGCCAGAGCGCAAAUCCACCCCCACCCUGACCCCGGCGCGUGAGCCACGCCCGCAACGCCGCUCCCCGUCCCCCGAGCCGGCCCGGGAGAGGGCCUCGUCCGGCCACAAGCGCCCACCCUCCAAAGAGACCAAGUCCCCCCGUUCCUCCUCCCCGCCUCCGAAAAAGCCAGUGGCUGAUCGCCCCAAGAGCCCGUCGCUAGUGGCUGUCCCCUCGGCACCGGCCACGACCCGGAAGGCCCCCUCCCCCCAGCCAUCCCGCUCAGGCUCUGAGAGCGACGAAGACUCCUCCUCCUCUUCUCCCGAGCGGGAUAAGCCGGCCCCAAGCAGGCAGGAGAAAUCGAGGGGCUCCCAGCGCCGGGACCGCUCCAGUUCUUCCCCGGAGCCCUCCCAGCCUGCUAAGGCUGCCCCCAAGCCCUCGUCCCGGCGUGAGCGAUCUGGCACCCCCGCGAAGAGCGCCAAAACCCGCUCCCUCUCAAAGAGAGACGCCAAGUCACGCUCGCGGACGCCCCCUUCCCGCAGGGAGCGCUCCCGCACCCCGCCCCGCCGGGGAGGGCGUUCCCGCACCCCGCCCCGCCGGGGGGCCCGUUCACGCACGCCACCGAGACGGGGCCGGUCCCGAUCCCGGAGCCCCCAGUGGAGAGGCAGGUCCCGGAGCCCCCAGAGAUGGGGCCGUUCCCGUUCCCGCACUCCACCCAGGUGGGGCAAAUCCCGUACGCCCCAGAGGAGGGGGAGAUCUCGCAGCCCUCAGAGACGAGGAUGGUCCCGCUCCAGGACACCCCAGAGGCCUGGCUGGUCUAGGAGCAGGAACACGGCGAGGCGGGGUCGGUCUAGAACCCCGCCCCGGCGAGGCAGGUCCCGGUCUAGAACCCCGCCCCGGCGAGGCAGGUCCCGGUCUAGAACCCCGCCCCGGCGAGGCAGGUCCCGGUCUAGAACCCCGCCCCGGCGAGGCAGGUCCCGGUCUAGAACCCCGCCCCGGCGAGGCAGGUCCCGGUCUAGAACCCCGCCCCGGCGAGGCAGGUCCCGGUCUAGAACCCCGCCCCGGCGAGGCAGGUCAGGGUCCUCUCCCAGGCGGGAGAAAUCGCUGAUUUCAGCCAGGAGGAGCCGCUCUGGGUCAUCAGUUGAGCGAAGGAAGAAAUCCAGGCUGCUCCUGCGGAGGAGCCGGUCAGACUCGUCGCCAGAAGUAAAGCAGAAAUCCAGGAAAGUGUCAAGACGCAGCCGCUCCACAUCGUCCCCUCGCCUACGGAAGAAAUCCAGAUCAUCACCUCGGAGGAGCCGCUCUGGCUCAUCAUCUCGGCCAAAAAAGAAAUCCAGAUCUUCCCCUCGGAGGAGCAGGUCAGGGUCGUCUCCAGCGCUGAAAAAGAAAUCCAGAACGCCGUCCAGGAGGAGGAGGAGGAGGUCUGGAUUGUCUCCGGCACUCAAAAAGAAAUCCAGAACACCACCUAGAAGAAGCCGGUCUGGAUCGUCUCCAGAAGUGAAGAAGAAAUCCAGGUCAUCCCCCAGACGAAGGAGAUCUGGAUCUUCUCCAUUGGCGAGAAAGAAAUCCAGAUCACCGCCGAGACGAAGCAGGUCUAGGUCUUCGCCAGUGUUGAAGAAGAAAUCUAGAUCACCGCUGAGACGAAGCAGGUCUAGGUCCUCACCAGUGUUGAAGAAGAAAUCUAGAUCACCCCCAAGACGAGGCAGAUCUGGGUCCUCUUCAGUGGUGAAGAAGAAAUCCAGAUCACCACCUGUGAGAGGCCGAUCUGGGUCUUCUCCAGCCGUGCGAGAGAAAUCUAGAUCGCCCCCGAGACGCAGCAGAUCUGGAUCAUCUCCAGCAUUGAGAGAGAAAUCUAGAUCGCCCCCAAGACGCAGCAGAUCUGGAUCAUUUCCAGCCGUGCGAGAGAAAUCAAAAUCGCCCCAGAGACGCAGCAGAUCUGGAUCAUCUCCAGCCGUGCGAGAGAAAUCUAGAUCGCCCCCAAGACGCAGCAGAUCUGGAUCAUCUCCAGCCGUGCGAGAGAAAUCUAGAUCACCCCCGAGACGCAGCAGAUCUGGAUCAUCUCCAGCAGUACGAGAUAAAUCUAGAUCGCCCCCGAGACGAAGCAGAUCUGGAUCAUCUCCAGCAGUACAAGAGAAAUCUAGAUCGCCCCCGAGACGAAGCAGAUCUGGAUCAUCUCCAGCUGUGCGAGAGAAACCAAGAUCACCCCUGAGACGAAGCAGAUCUGGAUCCUCACCAGAACAGAGAGAGAAAUCUAUAUCACCUCCUGCGAGAGGCAGGUCUGUUUCCUCUCCUGGGUUGAAGAAGAAAUCCAGUUCUCCUCAAAGGCAAAGUGGGCUUGGAUCUUCACCAGCAGUGGAAGGGAAAUCCAGAUCUUCUCCAGGGAGAAGCAGAUCUGGAUCCUCUCCAGAAUUGAAGAAGGUGUCUAAGACCUCUCCAAGACACAGUGGUGCCGUGUCUUCUCCAGUGGUGGAAGAGAAAUCUAGCUUGCUUCCAAGAUGUAGCCAGUCUGGAUCCUCUCCAGAACCGAUGAAGAAAUCCAGAUCGCCGCCUGCGAGAGGCAGGUCUGGAUCCUCUCCAGAGCUAAAUGAUAAAUCUAGCUCACCACUCCCAAGGCAUAGCCAAUCAGGAUCUUCUCCAGAGCCAAAAAAGAAAUCCAGAUCACCUCCAAGAUGUGUUAAGCCUGGUGCUUCUCCAGUGGUGAAGGAAAAAUCCAGAUCUCCUCAGCCAUGGCAAAGCCGAUCCGGAUCCUCUCCAGAAGUGAAAAAGAAGUCCCCAUCUCCGCCCAUGAGAGGGGUCUCUGCAGAGCAAGCAAAAUCCAGAUCACCUCCCUCACUGAGCGGAUCUGGAUCAUUGUUGACACUGAAAGGGAAAUCCAGUUCGCCCCCAAGACGCAGCCGAUCCGGAUCCUCUCCAGGGUCAGGAAGCAAGCUUGGGGCAGUUUCAAAACACAGCAGGCCCGUGGUUUCUCCAGAAGCUACAGAGUUAGUGAGGAUUUUAGCAGGUCAGGUCAAGCCGAUGUCUCCUGAGACAAAAGACAAAUAUGGAAUGUCCCCAAGAAGGAGCAGAUUGGGGUCGUCCCCUGGCAUCAGAGAGAAAUCCAGAACACCUCCAAGCAGCUCAGAGUCUUCUCCAGAACGGGCAGAAAUAUCCUCAUCACCUCUGAGACGCAGCAGAUCUGGCUCGCCCCCGAGGCCGCGAGAGAAGUCCCGAUCGCCCCCGAGGCCGCGAGAGAAGUCCCGAUCGCCCCCGAGGCCGCGAGAGAAGUCCCGAUCGCCCCCGAGGCCGCGAGAGAAGUCCCGAUCGCCCCCGAGGCCGCGAGAGAAGUCCCGAUCGCCCCCGAGGCCGCGAGAGAAGUCCCGAUCGCCCCCGAGGCCGCGAGAGAAGUCCCGAUCGCCCCCGAGGCCGCGAGAGAAGUCCCGAUCGCCCCCGAGGCCGCGAGAGAAGUCCCGAUCGCCCCCGAGGCCGCGAGAGAAGUCCCGAUCGCCCCCGAGGCCGCGAGAGAAGUCCCGAUCGCCCCCGAGGCCGCGAGAGAAGUCCCGAUCGCCCCCGAGGCCGCGAGAGAAGUCCCGAUCGCCCCCAAGACGCAGCAGGUCGGGCUCAUCUCCCAGGCCUCGAGAGAAAUCCCUAUCUCCUGCAAGGUAUGGCAGUUCUGGCUCAUUUCUGAGAUCUAGAGAGAAAUCCAGAUCGCCUGCAAGGUACAGUAUAUCAGGCUCGUCCCUAAGACUUCGAGAAAAAUCCAGAUCUCCUCCAAGGCGUGGCAGGUCCGGCUCAUCCCCGAGACCUCGAGAGAAGCUGGGGGCGUCUCCCAGAAGCAGCCGCUCUGGGUCGUCUCCAGAGAGACCCAAGGGCCCGACGAGGCGUGGUCGGUCCAGCUCCCCCUCCAGAAGGGGGAAGUGGAGAUCUUCCCUGCGGCGAGGAAGAUCUGGGUCGUCGCCCAGGAGAACCCGCUCCCGGUCCAUCUCCAGACGAGGCAAAUCCAGAAGCUCCCUGCGGAGGGACCGAUCCAUCUCGUCGCCCGGCAGGAGCCGCUCGAGAUCCACCUCGCGAUUCUCCCGCCGCCGGGAGCGCUCGCCGUCCUCGCCCCGCCGCGGCAGAUCCCGCACGCCGCCCCGCCGAGCCCGAGCGGGGUCUUCCCCCCGGCGCCGCGGCUCCCGGCAGCCCCGCUCCCGCUCCCCGCCGAAACUGGACGUCUCCCGCACUCCAGCCUCUUCCUACCGUGGCCGCUCGAAGGCGUCACCAGCCAGGACCCGCUCAGGCUCGGGAUCACCGAAACGAGCCGGGAGGAGGUCCCGCUCACCGCCGGUGCUGGAGAAAUACCCCAAAGUGGGAGCAGCUGACAAGACAGCACCAGGCAGAGCUGAGAAGACGUCGCCCGUGGUGGUGGUGCCCAUCCGGCGCAGUCCGUCCUGCUCCCCGCCGGCGCCGGACGAGGCCUCCCCCAAAGUCAGGAAAGCCCAUUCCCCUGCCCCCAAGAUCCACUCCCCACGGCCAGAGGGGUCUCUGGGAGCGGUGAGGAAUGGGGGUCCAGCGCCCGCCUGGACCCUGAACUCCUGCCCUGUCGCCCCUGGGGGCUCCCCACCUGCCGGCCGCCUCCCCCCAGCCAAAGGGCCAGAGAAAGUCAGAUCUUCCUCCUCUUCCUCUUCCUCCUCCUCCUCUGCAUCCCACAAGGUGCCCAGCCCCCUGCCCGCCCCACUCCCGGUGCUGCCCCCCAAGGAGGAAGACAGGGAAGGGCCAAAGGUCAAGUCGGAGCCGCCAGCCCCGGAGGGGCCCGGGGAGCUACCAGACAAAGCCCGGAGUGGAGUCCCCAAGCUGCUGGUGCCGCUGCCGGUGCCCCCCCGCACCCCGUCCAAAGAGAAGAGGAGCUCGUCCACCUCCUCGUCGUCCUCCUCGUCGUCCUCAUCCUCUUCCUCGUCCUCUUCCUCCUCCUCCGACUCCAGCUCCAGCUCUUCGGAGUCCAGCCACGACUCUCCAGCGAGCAAGGGGCCCGACCUGGAGACAGCGAAGAAAGAGCCCCUGAGUCCGGCGCAGAAGGAGCUGGCCCGCGAGGGGCGCCCCCUGGAGGUGGCCAAGCGGAAACGCCGUUCCCGAAGCUCCAGCAGCUCCAGCAGCAGCUCAACGUCUUCAUCCUCCUCGUCGUCCUCCUCGUCGUCGUCCUCCUCCUCGUCCUCCUCCUCCUCGUCCUCUUCUUCCUCCUCCUCCUCUUCCUCCUCCUCUCCUAAGCCGGGGCCCCAGCCACAGCCGAAGGCGGCCCCCAAGAAGCUCUCGCCUGAGCAGAGGCGCUCCCGGAGCCCCCGGAAACCGAUCGACUCCCUGCGUGACUCGCGCUCUCUCAGCUACUCCCCGGCCGAGCGGCGCCGGCCCUCCCCCCCGGAGCCCCCCCCGGCCCAGCGGGAGCGGCACAGUGACAAACCCUCCCAGAGGAGCCGAGGAACCAACAGCCGCUCCCCGGGUCGCAAGCGCAGGCGGGAAACGCCCAGCCCCCCCCACGCUGCCCGUCGCCGAGCGUCCCGGUCGCCGUAGCCCGCGGGGCUCCGCCCAGCCUCCAGCAGCAGCGCCCUCUAGCAGCGGCACCGGCAGCAGCCUCCUCUGUUUCCAUUGGUUCCUUCCUUCACUUCCCCCUCCCUCAUUGGUCGGCGGCUACGUCCCGCCCCCUCGGCUGCCGGGGCCCCGCCCCGUUGUGACUCGAAUCUCGUUUUUUUCCCAUGUGAGCGUUUCAGUUUUUUCUCUUCUGUGAGUUUUACCGAUAAAAAAACCCGACAAAACUUCUGUGUUUUGAGACAAGUGGGGGGUGGGGGGGGAGUUGGGUUGAUUUAGACAAAAAAUGGUUAAAGAGGAAAACACAAAAAAAGUGGGGGGGGGUUGGGGGGGGAACUGAAAAAGCCGGCUUGAUUUAGUGUUUCUCAGUCGGGGGGCUGGCGAGAUCCUGCUUCUCCGGCAGAGACCUGCAUGGCAUGGGAUGGCAUGCGUCCCCCUACAUUUCUGAGGUGCAUCGCCCCUCUUUGAAGCACCCCCAAUUUUCAGGGGGUGAAUCCCCCCAAAUCUCGGGUUUAGAUCACCCCUUUCUUUUGCAGCCCCCUCCAAAUUUUAGGGGGUAGAUUGUUCCGCUUUCACUGGCAGCUGCUCCAGAAUCUCAGGGGGCGCUCUUGUUGCGAGCACCCCAAAUUUCCAGGCCCAUAUCCCCCUUCCCAGCCCCCCCCAAAUUACUCUGAUUGGGGGCAAGGAAGUGAUUUUGAGUUCUCCUUGCCGUUAAAAUGUGGGGGAGCGCCUCUUCGGGCUCACGGUGGGGGUUCUCGCUAUCGAUAUUUGGGGGGAUGUUAGCAGGAGCAUCCUGAGUUCCAGGGCACAGUCUGCCCUCUUCUCAGGAGCCACCCCCAAAAUUAGACUCCUUUUUAGGGGAGCAUAUGUGCUUUCAGUUAAAUUUGGAGCACCUCGUCUGAUGUGUGGAGGGGGCAGAGUUGGGGGUUCACCGGACCCCCCAAUAAAGGAUGUGAGGGGGGGCUCUUUGAACCCCAGAACAGCAGUUUGGGGGCACCGUCAGCAGAGCCCAGAUCUGCGGUUUUGGAGCGUGAGUGGCUGUGCCGCGGGCCCCACAGUUUUGGGGGGGGUGGUGAGCCGGCUGAGAAACCCUAAAUCGAAGGGCAGAUUGGGGGGUGGGGCGGGGGGUGGGGCAGAGAGUUUUCUUCACGUUUCUUAAAAGCGUUCGAUUUUUUUUUUAAUCUGUACAGCAAGGAGACAUUUUUCUGUGAAAUAAACUACGAAAUGCAGA